AUGUCACAACCCCCACCGUCUUCUGGUGCAAGCGAAGCGCAGAGACAGGAAGCAGGCCUACCCACAGCGUCGCUGUCAACACGCCCUCAGAAUCCCAAGAAAGCUGCCGAGCCCCAGUACGGACGACGCUUUGACCCGUGGAACUCGGUGUCUCUCGGACAUCAACGUUCCGAGACGACCGGCCCGCUCGGAUGGAGGGAGAGCCGCGCCGCAAAGCUGGGCGGCCAGUUCCGCGCUGGAUAUCGCGGCGGCGGUGGAGAGCGGGUGUCGGACGCCGUUGGCCGGGGCAGCAAGGACUUUGAUGAGACCUUGGGCGCUGUCGUGGGCAAGGAUGCCCGCGCUCGCGCAGCUUGCAGCGUCGUGGACAUGCUCAGGCGGCCGGGGGCCAUGAAGGAUGGUGGCGCUGCGGCUGGGAGAUCUACUGGAAUGUCAUCGUCAUUAUCACCAUCCGUGUCAUCACCAUCUACAGGAUACCCAAUAAUAGCAGCACCAUUGCCCAAGUUGGCAAUAUCAGAGGACAAACUACCAGAUACAGAUUUACCAUCACCACCCACAUAUGUUUCACAAGUAAACACAACCACGGAUGAACAGACCAAGGCAUCUCAAAAGCAAGAAAACCAAAAGUCUGAGAAGAAGCUGAGAGGCGGCAUAUUCGACGGACUGGUCAUCUACGUGAACGGGAGUACACACCCACUCAUCUCAGAUCACAAGCUUAAGCAUGUGCUGGCGGAAAACGGCGCACGCAUGACUAUACAUCUGGGCCGCCGCCAGGUCACACACGUCAUACUUGGCCGCCCUGCUGCCUCCUCCGCCACGAAUAAAGGUAUAUCCGGUGCGGGCGGGGGAUUGGCCGCCGGGAAACUCGAGAGGGAGAUCCGGAGGGUGGGCGGAUGCGGUGUCAAAUUUGUUGGUGUGGAAUGGAUACUCGAAAGCGUCAAGGCAGGACGAAGACUGCCUGAAGCCCGGUUCGCAGGCCUCAAAAUGGCACCUGGUGGCCAGCAAAGUGUCUAUGACACAUUCUCGAGACCAAACCGGUCAAACAGUUGA